UCUGCUGUCUGAGGAGGCAGCUGGGAUGGUUACGAGUGAGAUUCCGGGGGAUCCGCCACCGGAGAAUCGGCUGAAGGAGAAAUCAUGGGCAGCGGUAGCGAAGGAAAAGCAAAUCAUGACGAAAUACGAAGUGGAUCAAACGAUUUUGGAUGGGAAGCGCACGGUUGAAGUUCCGGUGGAUAUCGUGGAGAAAUCAAAUCAUCUUUGGGAGGACUUCGUGAUUGCAAGGUUUCUGGAAACAGCGCCUCAUAUUGCGAAGGUACAUAUGAUUGUUAACAAGAUUUGGGCGUUUGGGGAGAAAUCACAGAAACUGGAUGUAUAUGAGAUGGAUGAGAAGACGAUGAGAAUAAGGAUCACAAGCGAGAAGAUAAGGGAAAAGGUCAUAAGGAGAGGGAUGUGGAAUAUCGCGGGGGUGCCAAUGGUGGUCUCGAAAUGGUCUCCUGAUGUUGAUGAUUCAAAUGCGAAUCUGAUUCCCCUUUGGGUACAUCUCACAAAGGUGCCGAUGAGUAUGUACUCGUGGGAGGGGUCUAAGCUUUAUAACAAGCACAGUGGGAGUACCAGAUCAUCUUCACCCGGAGACGAUCGCGUGCUCAAACUUUGAUGUUGCUAAAGUGUUUGUCAAAGCUGAUCUGACCAAAGAAUUACCAGAGAAGAUUGAAUACA